CACUCUGUAAAGCUAACAUUCUAUCUGCAAGGCAAACACCAUGUGUUCUUUCACAUUUUAUAUAUUAGACAUAACAAACUGAGAAAUGAUAAUUAUAUACUUCUAAAGUUUGUAGUAUCUAAUACAAACGUGGUCAAUAUUUAAAAAAUUAAUAUUGUAUAUUGCAUUAUUUUAUAGUUCCAACGAAAGGAAUAGACAGGAUCUUAUUUUUGAUUCUAUAAAAAUAAGUGUUUAUCAUACAUCUCAAAUUCAAUAGUGAGCAUUUGUACAUUCACUGCAAAUUUCAGUUACAAAAUAUCUGUGUAGAAUGUCUUUCCCAAAUAAAGACGACCGUACAAAAUGCUGGAAUUAUAGGGAUGUAUAUUGGAAAUGUCUUGAUGAUGGUAAAUCAGAUUCAGAAUGUAAGAAAUCUAGAGAAGACUAUGAAAAGUUUUGUCCUGCGUUAUGGGUAAAACACUUUGAUCGUAAGCGAGAGUACUUGAAAUUCAAAGAGCAAAUAGAGCAAGGGGGGUAUGUUCCUGGAGAGCCAAAUCCAGCAUAAUUCUAAUUUAAUGAUUACAAUUUAUAAGUUACCACAUUUAAACUAAUAGUUGUUGAACUGUUUUCAUAUUAAGUUUCCUUAUUUCUGUUACUUAUAAUAAAACAAAUGCUUCAAAGUAA